GACCGUCUACGAAGCAGUGUUGUAGUUGAUGAUCACGUGAUUACAUGAAUGUCUCUUGAUUUGCAUUGGGCGUCACGUCUCUCACUCAAUCCCUCCGCACUUUCUACUUAUCCAUUAAUAUACUAGGUAAUCGAUGAUCGCAAAGAUUCUGAAAGUCUGCGUGUAGCUCAGUGUACCCGUAUCGAACGCGCAGCCCAGCGUCGCAAAAUCCGUUCCAACAGCCUCUGAAUGCGAUCACAACGGCACGAAGUCUUAUUAUACGAUUAGAGCGGACUAGCGUACAAGGGAAUCAAUACAAACCUCUAAAGAUCAAUGUGGAUCGUUCAAUUAAAUCCUUACCUCAACUAAAGCAUCAUUGUUUGUGUCAAAUACUGGGGAUCCCAAGUCAUUGAUAUCGUCAGUCGAGCUUGACACCUCGUUCCCUCCUUCUCAUAAGUUUUCUACACAAGGCGCCGAUAUGCCAGCUUACCGAACAGGUGGAAGACGGCAGAAUCGCACGGGCUAUGUUGACCAUGAUAUACUCGAGGGCAUUCCAGUGAGACAAUGGCGCCGCGAAUUCGUUACAGUUGCACCUCCACCUCCGCAGGAAAGCAAUGCUUCUCAAAAUGACAUCUGGGCAAAAGAGCUGCCUUGGGGAAUGCCAAAAGACUCCCAUUUAUUACCUCAACAUAGUCAAGAUUUGUUACGCGCCGCACGAUCUGGGAAGAUAUAUAAGCGACCUACUCCUAUGGAUGAAGAAGAACAAGAUCUUGAAGCCAUUCUAGGAGAUAAGCCCGACAAGAAAGAGGAGGAGACUAGAGAUAGCGGUUUUACAGCCCGUGCCUGGAAGCAGAUUCCUGGUCACCAAAAUGCGUCGGAUAUGGACUUUCUGGCUAAAAGAAGGAAGGGAUUGGGUUCUGCAAUUCCGAAACCAGCUCCAGUUCCAACAGUUGUACAAACGACAGUUCGUAGGACAGAUGCUGCAGGCAACGAGUACCUGGAGAAAGUCAUCGUGCCCCAUGGACAAGCUGUUGUAGGGGAUGUCGUUUCUCAAACAACCAUUCCUGAUCCAAGUGCGAUCGAGGGUACGCCAUUCCGACGCAAGGGUCCAGUUGGUAAGAAAGGGAAACGGGGCCCUGGAAGGGGACGAAAGAAGAUAUUGCCUACUUCUACCCCCAACGUAACUAGCGAACCAUUGGGUCAAAAUGGCGAUGCGGCAAACUCUCACUUAGGGGCUGAUGGAAUCAAAAUCGAAGGUGAAGGCGGUGCGACUCCAGCGAAGAACCUCGAUACCGAGAUGAUAGACGACUCAAAUCCGGCUUCAGAUGACGAUGACGGAGAUGAAGGCGACCAAGGUGAUGAUGAUGAUGAUUCCGUUGAUCUUCUUAAUUCUCCAUCAAGACCACAUAGAGACUCUUCUCAAGACCUUAGCAUUUCAACUACACAAGACAUUCCAAAAUCGAGUAGCGUCGAUACCAUGAUGGGUGGCACUGAUAUUCAAGUACCUAUAAAAUCAGAACUGGAAAGAGUAAAGGAUGAAGGGAAAUUCGGUAGUCCCUUGAAGCAAAUAGCAUUAACUACAUCCACAGUCAACACUCCCACGGUGUCCCCUACGGAGACUACUGCGCGGGCGCCCAUAUCAUUUUCGACCGAGAAUACCGAUAUUCCAUCAGCUCCCAUUGAAAAAAUCAACCAGGAAAUGGUAUCGAUAGCGGAAGUCUCCGCCCCAACCGAGCUGCCCCCUGUUCCGCCUCAUCCCACUAAAGAGCAUGAGGAGGUGGCUGUAGAAGUCCGUGUUGAAGAGGAGGAGGAGGAAGAGAUGCUACUUGAUAUUCUCGAAAAUACAGGGAAUACUCAGAUCGGUGCAGCGAAACCAAUAGAGGCCGAGAUUUCAAGUUCAAAUUCCGCUGUUCAGGCUUCAAUUCAGUCUCCCAUCAAACCUUCACCUAUAGCUGAAGAGAAAACCCCUCAGAAUUUCGCAGAGCCUUCUCCAACACCUGUUGUUGAAGAGCUACCUACGAUACCUAGCCAAGCCACGGCUCCAAUCGAGGAAGCAGAGCAGCCGAUAGCAACCAUUUCAUCCACUUCCCCAGUCACAGAAAUAGAGCAGCCAGUAGCAACAACUUCCUCCGCUUCUCCAGUCAAAGAAGAGGCUCAACCAGCCGACUCAACUUCACAGCCCCUUGCAGUGCCAGAAGCUGCUGACCGCGCCGAGGUCGUCGAACCAGCCGAGGUUUCUCCGCCAACUGAGCAAACUAAACAAGCUGAACCAAUUGAGCAAAACGAGCCAGUUGAGCAAAACGAGCCAGUUGAGCAAAACGAGCCAGUUGAGCCAGUUGAGGCACUUGAGCCAAAGGACUCAUUUGAGCCAGACGUGGUACAUGAGUCGAAUGACAUAGACAUGAUCAACGAGUCAAACAAGCCGGAUGUGAUACAUGAUUCUAAUGACAUAGAAAUGUCAAAUGAGUCAAAUGAGCCAGACGUGGUACAUGAUUCAAAUGACAUAGAAAUGACAAACGAUCCAAAUGAAUCAAAUGAGCCAAAUGAGCCACACGCGGCAGAGGAGCCAAAGAUACCAGCAGAACCAGUCAAGUCCACAGGCGAAGAAGAAGAUGAGGAUGACUUCCCAGAUUUGUUAGGUGGCUUAGAAAGGAAUCUCUACGGUAGCUCGCAGCUGCCUGCUACCUCUCUAACAUCAGAGUCUAUAGAGCCCACAGAGCCCACAGAACCUAGCAAGCCUACAGAGUCUACAAAGCCCACGGAGCCCAUAGAGCCUAUAGAGGAGAAUGUCCAAUUACCCAAGAAAAUAGAGAGUGAUGUAAAAAUGGAAGAGAAGGAGGAGGAGGAGAAGAAGGAUGAAGAGGUCAAAGAAGAAAUCUCAACAUCUUGAAAAGGCCAUAUUUAUGUACACGCGUAUUAUGGAAAUGUUUAUCGUUCGCGUACUUGUUUGGCUACAACACAUCAGGAUGAUAUAACUACAUUGUGUUUUCUAGUAUCUUGGAGAGUAUACAAUGGUGUCGGAGGUGCAGGUGCUUUGUUAUUCAGGGCUUUGGCUUUGGGAAUUAAUCCGCAACAUGCUUUUGUGGGCUUGUUGGUUGUAUAUAUAGACCGGGUACAAUGUUAUCAAAAAAAAAAUAAUUUCGCGCGAAAUUGUGAGAUGUGUCGAUGUGGAUUUGUUGCUUGUCCUUUGUUGAUUGGGAUAUAAUGUCAUGUGUUGAAUUUUGGGUUUUGGAAUCUUUGUCACUGGUUAGUUUGUUCAUGCAGAUAGAUGAUAUGAGUAGUAGAAGAAGGGGGAAAGGGAGGGAAUAGAAGAAGAUGAAAAUAUAUCA